GACACGUGUAUAAAAAUUAUCGCCAAUUACAAUAAAAAAACAUAUUAUAUUGUUUUUUUUUCAAUAUUUUUUUAAUAGAUUGCAACAACGAUGCUGUCCGCCUGUGAUAGGUAUUAGUAUAAAUGACGAUUUAAUCUAUUAAAACCGAUUAAAUAUGCAAACAUUAUCCUUUGAUAUCGUUUUAUUUUUCUGCAACUUGUUUGCAUUAAUUCGUGAAAAUGUUGUUGUGGUGUCGUCUGGGCAGAAUACAAGGGUUUGUGAUACUUCGGAGGCAUAUUUUGAUCAUCCCGAAACAAAUAAGAACUGUAGAAUUGACAAGGACCUCAAUGUUUCAGUGAAUGAAAUAGCCAAAAACCAUGGUUUUAUUCUGGAGAAACACACGGUUGAAACAGACGAUCGUUACCAAUUAACCACCUUUAGGUUAAAGAAAAUAGACAAAAAUUAUGGAAACAAAGUUAUUUUUCUUCAACAUGGAUUGAUGGCAGAUUUUACUAGUUUUAUAUUUAAUGGCAACAAUUCCAUAGCUUUCUUUUUUGGAAAUCUCGGAUAUGACGUAUGGUUAGGAAACUACAGAGAUACAGAGUAUUGCAGUCACAAGUACCUGAAACGAACUGAUCCAAAAUAUUGGGAAUUUAGUAUUGAUGAUAAUGGUUUUUAUGAUCUGUCAGCUAACUUCAAAUAUAUCUACAAGAAAGUUAACAAGAAAAUAAUCUAUAUUGGACAUUCUAUGGGAGGCACAGGCAUGGGCGUAUACGCAUCAUCAAAAAACAAAGAAGCACAAAAAUUCAUAGAACAAGCUAUUGUAGUAUGUCCCAUUUUUCAUAUCAAGCAUCCAACAGGAUCCCUCUUUGGAGAAUAUUCUCCAAUUGCCAUGUUGCUAAUGGAAUUGUCAAAAUUAGCAAAUUAUCCAGUACUAUUGCCAGAAGGCAGUGUGCCAUACCGAUUUAUCAGUGAUUUUUGUAUGGGUUCACUAAACAAAUUGAGAUUUUGUCUAAUGGUGUUUGGUACAGUGUCUGGACCCAUAAAAUACGAUGCUGAUAGAACCCCUUUUGCUUUAAAAGUGUUAAAAAAUGGAAAUUACAACUCCGUAAUGCAGUAUAUUCAGUUUGGACGUUCAGGAGAAUUCCAAAAAUUCGAUUAUGGCAAAAAGAAAAACAUGGUUCUGUAUAAUUCAACUGUUCCACCAUCAUAUAACCUGUCUAAUAUAAAUAUUCCUAUGACGCUGAUCUAUGGUCAAACAGAUAAACUGGCUAACAAAGAGGACAUUAUAUACGACUACAACAAUUUCAAGAAGGGUAAUUGGGAAAUAUAUGGUAUUCCAUACAAUCAUAUUGAUAUUCUGUUUAGUAGAGACGUUGUUGACAAGUUUUACCCUUUGUUGUUGAACUCUAUCAAAAGGAUAUGAAAAAAAUGACAAUAUAUUUGAGGAGCAGACUUUCUAGAUGCAUUUUGUCAAUUUUUUCGAAUUUUGGCAAACACAGAAAAAUUGCCACGCUUUUUGCAAGAAACUUACCGAAAAACCGGUAUACUUAAAAUUGAAAAAAACUGUUGACUGACCUUUAGACAUGAGCUUUCUCUUUCUUUUUCUGCUAUCAUCAACUACAUGAUCCCCAGUAUAUACAAUACUUACUAUAUAUUAGAUAGUCCUAUAGAUUUUCAUUUCUGAUAUAAUAAGGAAGCAUUAUUAUCAGGUUAACUGAAA